GCCAGCAUGAAAGAAACGGGCUCGCACAAGCAGGGACCCACCAAACCGAUGUCCUCGACGGCCGCCACCUCCUCAAGGCUGAGGAUCACUGCUAACUCGCCCCGGUCCCCCUGUCGGCUUCAAAAUGGCGCCAACUUGUCUCCGGCUGCUCCAAUGGAACCGCCGAGGGAAGCAAGCGGAGCCAGAGCGAGGCAGCAGCGCCCCCUGCCGGCUCGCGCGGCCGACACGCGCAGGCACCGGCCGGAGCCGCCGGUCACAGGGCCCGCGGCCAGCGCUCCCCGCAACGGCGGCCCGCCGCGCCCCGGCCCCCCGCGUGGCCCAAGGGGCCCUGCCCUCCGCGCCGCCGCCGGCGAGAGCCGCAGAGCACCGCUGCCAGGCGACGAAGGGGCCGGAGAAGGGGGUGGGGUGUUAAAAGUCACGACCCCUCCCCUUGCCUGCUCGAGCCCCGGGGCCCAAGAAAGCCCUCGCGUUCCAGGGGGGGAAGCCUGCCGCUAA